CAACACUGAUUUAAGUCGUUGAAUAGUUGCUGUAGAGCAGCUCCCACAUGAGAGGCAGCACCGAAGAGAAGUACUAAAUGAAGUGGCGAAACGAGGAAGAAAUUAUGCCCCCAUGUUGAAUUUCUACACGGGUGACCCUCGUUAAAGCAAGUCGUAUUUUCGUACUUUUAAAAGGCUUGACAACGACAAGAAGUUUUCAAAAAAGGUGCAUGCUAAUAUUCGUUUGCCCAACGUCUCGCAUAUUUGCUACGAGACCUAAGCUAUCCAGCUGCUACUGUUUCCUUUGCCUAACUGUCUGUGUUGUUCAGACUUAGCUUAAACGUAACUGUUAAGCUAAUUGCACCAAAAGAGUAACAUGUCCUCUCCAGUUGACGCAGAUAAAGAUGAGGUGGAAAAAGAAGUCGAGUUUGUAUCAGAGGGCCCUCUCAGACCAGUAUUGGAAUGUAUUGACCUGUUGAGUGACAGUGAGGAUGAGGGAUGUUCAUCAUUGCCCAAUACACUUGAAGAUAAAAUCAGCCGACAUAAAGCACGUGUUACAUCUACCCUGGACAGACUGGCGCACCAAGUGGCUGUACAGAAAAAGGAACGAGCAGAUAAAUGCAGGGCAUUCAAGGAGAAGCAGAUCCUACAAAAAGCUCAUGGACAACAGGAGCUGGCUGUUAGUGCUGUAAAUGGGAUUAAUCAGGAAGCCAAACGUUGUGUAGACAUGUGGUUAAAGAUGCCAGGUCUUAAACCUGGAGCGAUCAGUGCUGGUUCCGAGGGAAGACAAAGAACUUCUUUCCACAGAACUAUCUCAACUAGGCAUACUUGUCCAGUAAUUAACUGUGGUCGAGUUUAUGAUAAUGCUUCCCUCCUUGAUGGACACUUGAAAAGGUUUGAUCACUCCCCAUGUGACCCGACUAUCAAUCUUAAAGGAAGUCCGUCAGAGUUCUUUGCCUGUGUUGCAUGUGGAAAGAAUUUUCAGGCCAAAGAAUCCUGGAGGAACCACGUUAAGUCGAAGGUGUCCUCAUCUAAUGCCGAUGGUCAUAGCAUCAACCAGAUGUAUCAGCGAAUUGUGUGUUUUGCAUGUCCUGCCUGCUACCACCUCUUCAACCUCAGAGACGAGUGUCUCCAGCACAUGUCAGCCGAAAGCCACUUCAAAGACUCACUCGCCUUAAAAGGAAGUCCGCUGCCAGUCCCUGUCCCUCAACAUGUCAAGAAUCGUCUCAUCGCCUUGUGCAAAGAUGUAGCGUUCAGUGUCCGCUGUUCUUUGUGUCAUAACGUACUGAUCUCCCAUCAAGCAGCUCAAGCUCACUUUAAUGUGUACUGCCGACAGGGCUGUGCUGUGGCCAAAGCUGACAAGACAAUAGUACAGGUCAUGAAUCAGCUGCAAGUGCGAGGACAGUGUUCUGUCUGCUGUGAAAUCUUCCUCAGCCAAGCUGAAAUUGAGAGACACAGGAGGUCGAUGCAGCAUGAAGUUGAACUCAACCAAACAAUGGCAAAAGCACUUCUUCAGCACUGCAGGUUUAGUGAAAUUCAACACUCGAAGAGAGCUAGAGACUCAAAAGACACAGAGGAGACCACUGGCCUUGCAACACCUCUCAAAAGAAACAAGAAGAGCGACAACCAUGACAGAUUUCCAGCUAAACAGCAGAGCUUGGGGACAAGUGUGACUGUCACCAGUAGCGAGACCGUAACAGCUUGGUGCUGCGAGUGUGGUCUUCAGUUCUCAGACGAGGCUGGAGCCAGUAAGCACCUUCUGGCUGUGAACCAAAUUUUCCAUCAGUGUGGCGUGUGUGGCAAACAUAUGGGGGAGUCUUCCAUUGCACGUCUGCAUAUGAGUCGCUUUCACGGGGGCGCUCAUCUCUCCAACUUCCUCUUCUACUGCCGCAAGUGCAAAGUGGAAAUGCCUCGGUACGAAGACAUCCUGUCACACGUGGCCGGAGCUCACAGCGGACACACGUAUUUCAGUGAACAAGAAGUGCCUGAGCAGCUUCCCAUAAUCGUUGAUGUCAAGCCAUCCACUAGCAGUGACGUCACAUUUCACUCCUCGUCUGUGGCCAAAGUCCAGCUGAGCACAGAGGUGUCUUCAUCAAAAGUAGAGCAGUCUUGGAUGUGCAGGAUGUGCGAGGAUGUCUUUGACUCGGAGGUUGCCGUCCGCAAACACUGCAGCGAUGUUAGUAGUCACAGCUUUCAGAGAUUUGUCUGCGGACACUGUCCUCAGAAGUUCUUCAAAGAGUCCACCGUACGGAGACACUGUAUGAAUGAGCAUGAUGGGCUCAUAAAAACUUCCUAUUUCUGCGGCCUCUGCGACAGCAUGGAGUUUGGAUCUGAGGAGGAGUUUUUUGAGCACUACAAGAAUCUUCACAGUAAGGACUACUACUGCAUGGAUGACGUUGAAGUUGUUCAGCCAGAUGCCGCUGCUGCUGCCGCUGCCACCUGCUUUUCUGCCACUGCCGCUGAGAGGACCAGUCAGUUUACAUGCCCGUGCAUGGGUUCGGAAAAAAGUAAAGAGGACAUGAAAGCCACUUACACACAAUGCAUGAGGAAUCUGGCUGCGGAAGAAAAAUGCCAGUACAUCUGUGUGCCUUGCGAUGUAUCUGUUCCAUCCUAUGCACAGAUCAAGACUCAUGUCCACACAAAACACACAGCCUUGAACCUGGACAAGAGCUUUGACAUCAGAUGCAAAGACUGCCAAGAGAGUUUUAUGGAUGUACCGAGUUUCCAUAAACACUACCACUUGCAACAUUGUACACUGGAUCCCUGCAUGAGUUCCAGGACCUGCAGGAAAAGCUCAAAAGCCGAACCCACCACUCCAAUAAUACCUAAUGCUGUGGAGAUCAAACCAGACAGCAAUGAGAUUGACGACGAAACGCUGACAUUUUUGAACAUUGAUCACACCAAUGACGAGAGUGAAGUGCAGGAAGUUGAAUCGGAUGAUGAAAUGAAACGCGCGCUGUCUUUGAGCGCAGAAGAAGGACAAGAGUCAGCAGGUUCUUCAGAAAUUCAUAAAUUACCUUCCUACUGGGGACAAACAGUAAAAGACGGUGACGUGAGCUCAAGCAUAGAAUGACACAACGUUCAUCCGACCAUCUCAAUCUUCAAUCCUCCAUGGUUAUGAAAUAUUUUCAGAAAGAUGAAGAGAGAAGUCAGUCCUCGGAACAAAAGGCACUCAGAAAGGCCACCAUCAGAUUACAAAAAAUGCUUAGAAACGCCACAGAGGAGUGCUUUGAGCAGGAUUACAGACACAGCUCAGUUCAAAGACUAUUCGAAGUGUGGGUAGAGGGGAGUGGAAACUAUCCAGCUCACAGACUGGGACAGCUAGACUUAAAUUUGCAAAUAACACGCACAGAAAGUCUGCAGCUUUUGAAGGUGUUAUUUUCAGACAAGUCCAAAUUUAGCAUUCAUGCUGAUCUCUUGAAUGGAGUAAGAAACUCCAAUCAGUGUCCAGAUUUUAGAUUUCAUCAAAAUAUGAAAUCUAAAAAAAGCAGCUGCCUACUGAAAGAAUAUUUUUCCCAGGAGAAGAUUUUAGAAUGAUGUCGGCACGGAGUGAGAGUCAAUCUUUAUGGCACCUGUGAGACGUCAUGAAGAGGGGGGCGGGGAGUGUGGAUGACCUAAAGGCUCUGCUGGCUCAAAGACGAAGGAAACAUUUUGGGGAUCACUAUAAAUAGAUUUGGAGAUAUGAAAGAAUAGAAAUGUUAAAGUUAUGACAUUGUGGUCAACAUAAAAUGUUGUCAGUGUUGUUGAAAUGAUGCCGUUUGUAGUGUUUUCCAUAUGGCCAUGCUGGUAUGAAUGAAGGUUUUCUCGUGUAAUUUGUUUUCACAGAGUUGGAAGAAGCUCUCAAAAGAAGCCUCCUGGAGUUCUGAGAAAGCCAGAAGUGCUUUUGUAACAUGCUGUUCAUCUAAUGUUAUACUAGAAUGUUUUGUACAAGGUGACGUGUUCAGAAUAUAAUAAAGAAUUAAAUGUU